AUGAAACUGUUCAUUCCACGUGCUGGGCUUGCUAGCCAGCUCAGAUUCUCUAGUUUUUCGAAAAUGCCCAGAAACACGACAUUUCUGUCAAUGUCGACUAGAAUACUCAAGUUUCCUCGUCCACAGCUGCUGGCCAGGAAUGCACUACUAGAAUUCUCUGCGGGGACCUCGCUGGCGCUCCUUUUUGGAUCACAAUUAGUGUCGCCACCGAUCAAAAAUGACACCAUUCUAGACGUCAAGCAACGCAAUGCUUCUGUUCCCGAAGAGAUCGGCCUGCCCUCCCGUGUCAUUCCUCGACGCGAAAGAAAUGUGAAUUACAGGCAACUAUGCUUGGGGUCCAUGUUGGGACUGUUUCUCGGCAUCGUGGUGGGCAAACUAUCGACCAUACUGGUUUUCGUCACCGCGUGUGGGCUUCUCGGCGUACAAUGGCUCGAAAACAGAGGACUUCUGGAUAAACAAUCUACUAUUGGUCUCUCGAAAUACGUUAUCAAAACCGGAAAGGAAAGCGUCGAUUUGAACACGCUGGUAUGGGAAAAGCCAAGCUUCAAAAUUCCGUUUCUGUUAACCUUCGUGCUGGCGGCCGUGAACAUUUGA